UGAAUCGGCUAUAGUUUUACCUUUUGGCUUUUGUAAAGGAUGGAUAGCCGACACGUGUUGGUUCUAGGUGUCCUGGUCUGUCUGUGUCAUGGCGUGUGUAUGAGGAUCAUCCCUGAGCAGGCUGGCCUCACUGACAAUAAGGAACAAGCAGCACUGAGUCCAGUUGACCGAGGCCGACACAAUGACUUCAUGCACUUUACAGAGGAGAUGAGUGGAGCAGUUCAUAGUGGCAGCGAGGACGGCGAAGAAGACGCUGCUGCCUUCAUUUCCACGCCAUCCAUCGACCAUGAUGCUCCUGACCAUUCUGCCACAGGGACGCCUGAGAUUGAAAGUAGUGUCGCCGUGGAAACUGCGAACAUCAAUAUUAUCAACGCAGAAGAUGAGGAGGAAACGAGCGGAGAUGCCAGUCAGAGGGUGUUUUUCUCUGGUGAGCCGCUGAUUGUUGACCGUGGUGAUAAUGCUGACCCUGAAUUCAACCAAGAAGAGGGGAGCGGUGAGCACAGCGGAGAUGGGACAGCGCCCGGGUCAUUCCUCAGGGCAGUGAGUGUACCUGUACCUGAUGUGGAGAGAGGAGGACAAGAAGUGAGCUGUGAAAUCUCUUGUGAUGAAGAGGAAGCCUCCACCUUUGUCAGCUCCAGCCUUGAUGACCCCUCAGUGCAGCCUCAGAGGCCCACAGAGACGACUCCCUCAGAGGCCACUGCUGCUACGUCCACUGGUGGCUCCAGCCUCUCCACGGCUCUGCUGGUUCAGCCCUCCACAGGCAAGAGCCCCCAGCAGGCUGCUCCCUCCAGCAAGCCCAGCCUCCUGCAGCUCAUACUGCAGGCUUUCGCCCCCCGUCCCGCUCCGAAAUCCCUCCCUGUGUCCACCGCCACUGGUGGGCCACACUCCUCCACCGGGAGUGCUGCUGCCACCACAGCAUCCAGAGAGGACGAGGAAGAGGAGCUGAAGGUGACAGGUGCUCUUUCCUAAGUGCACAUGACUUUAGAGAUACACGUGGACAGGUGCUAUGUAUGUGUGUACGUGUGUGUGCCUGCAGAAAGAAGAAAUCUCAGAAAUCUAUAUUUGGAAAUAAAGUUUUUCACUAGCAUGUAAUUUUUGUGCAUUGUCAUUUGGAAUUAAUCCAAAUCAACAGCAAGGAAACAGUAUUAUUGUUGUUGUUCUUGUUAUUAUGUCAGC